AUGACGUUUGGUUCAAUGUUUUAUUAAGGGUAAACUAGUAAAUUCAUACAAACCUACUUCCUUGCAACCCCAAAUCAGAGGUAUCACGUUCAAAAAUAUCCCGUUCAAACCCAUCGUCGGACGCCGAUCGCAUCUCUCCCUCUCUCAACUUGCCCCCGCUGUUGCUCAGCCACCCAUCACGCCGGUCAUUAAAAUACCAGAGGAAGCUAUUUGGGUCAAAUACAAGCAUCUUUUCAAGCAAAUCGAAAGCUCCUGUGGAUCGCAUCUCUCCCUCGCUUCUUAGAAACCCAAGACUUGAAUCAUCAGGUGAACCAAUCAGCUAAUAACAAAAAUCAAACCCACCCUGCAAUUGUUAAGAUCAAUCAAUCAAGAUUAAGUGGAUAUGCCCAACAGCUCCUACUCGCCAUGUGACUAUUCUCGGUGGAUUUCCUUGCACUACAUGUAAGAUAUCUAAUUUAAACCAUAAAUAAUCUAAUUUAAAAAUAUUAUUUUAAUGAUAAUUUUUGUUCCAUAACAAACCUAUUAUCAACGGAGAUGCUUCAGUAUCACACAUAGCAAACCUGUUAUUAACGGAGCCCACUGAUGGUAUAAAGUUUCUAACCUUUUCGUUUCCCUGAUAUUGAUUACAUAUAUUGUGAAUACCCUUUUCGUUUCAUUUCAUUUUUGUUGUAUUUUAUUCAAUCUUUAUGCAAAUAUAGUUCUAUUAUGGGCAAAUUACAAAAACACCAUGAUGUUUACCUUUUCCAAUCAAACUAUAAAAGUUUCAGAUAUUAUUCCAAAUCAACCAACUAUUUUGACAUGUUACGUCAGGUUUCACCUGUGAUAAUUUCCAGAUUUUGAUUUUGUCAAAUAUAUUACUUUUUUGGCAACUUUAAAGGCCUUGAGGUUAUGUUUUGGUUUUGUUUUUGACAUGCAGGGGUUAUUGAGCAUAUCUGGUUGAAUGCAGAAGAGAGUUGUUUUGUUUUUUGUUGCUUUGAUCACAGCCAUUUACUGCAUAAAAUUAUAUAAUAAGAAUGAGCAAUAGAAAUUGGAUGUAUGAACGACUUGAUGAUCGCGGUCAUGUCUCUCAUCUUUUCAUUAAUGGUGUGAAAACAUUCAUCGAGUUUGCUUCUACUAAGCAAAGUUAUAUGGAUGGAGAUAAAAUUAAAUGCCCAUGCAUAAAAUGCAAUAACAAAGCAUAUAAAGCAGUUGAUGAGGCAAAAUAUCACUUAUACAAGUUUGGUUUUGUUCCAAAUUAUGAGUUUUGGGAUAAACAUGGAGAAACAUCAUUGGAUAGUACUUCAUUAGGGAUGGAUGAUACAUACACGAGUUUAAAUGAACACCAUGAUCCUACUUAUAGAGAAUUGGUGAUGGAUGCAGCGGGUCCUGAUUUCAUGACUAGAACUCUUGAUGACGAGCCAAAUUCAGAAGAUAAGAAGUUUUUUGAUAUGCUAGAGGCAGCUGAUAGAGAGUUGUGGCCUGGUUGUAAAAAGGUGACACAACUAUCUGUUGUAGCUCGACUAUUGAAUAUCAAAUCAGAAUAUCGCAUCCCUGAGUUAUGUUUUGAUGCCAUUUGUCAAUUGAUAAAGGAUGGGUUACCGGAGGAGAAUAACAUGGUUGAUAGUUUAUACGAGAGCAAAAAGUUAAUACAAGCAUUGGGUUUACCUGUGGAAUUGAUUGACUGUUGCAGGUCUGGAUGUAUGAUAUAUUGGAGGGGCGACAAAGAUCUUGAUCGGUGCAAAUUUUGCAACGCACAGAGGUACAAAAAGUCAAGAAAUUCGUCCACACGUUCGCGUAUACCUUUCAAGAGGAUGCAUUAUUUUCCCUUGACUCCAAGGUUGAAGAGACUAUACGCUUCACAAACAACAGCCGCUUCCAUGCGAUGGCACGCUGAUAAUCAUGGCCACCAUGUCGGUGUAAUGUGUCAUCCAUCUGAUUCUGAAGCAUGGAAGCAGUUUGAUAUUAACCAUCCUUCAUUUGCAGCCGAAAGACGUAAUGUUAGAUUAGGCCUAUGUACAGAUGGGUUUCAACCCCAUGGUGCUUCAGGAAAACAAUAUUCAUCUUGGCCUGUCAUUAUAACACCUUAUAAUUUGCCACCGUUUAUGUGUAUGAAAGAGCCUUACAUGUUUUUGACUGCAAUUGUGCCCGGACCUACAAACCCUAAGCAAAAACUAGAUGUCUUCCUUCAACCAGUUAUUGCAGAACUCAAACAGUUAUGGGAAGAAGGUGUUUUAACUUAUGAUGUUUCUUUGAAACAAAAUUUUCAAUUAAGAGCGGCAUUGAUGUGGACAAUUAGCGAUUUUCCGGCGUAUGGAAUGUUAUCAGGAUGGGCAACCGCAGGGAAGCUAGCAUGUCCAUAUUGUGGAAAACAUACACAAGCUUUUAGGCUUGAAAAUGGUAAGAAGAUAUCAUGGUUUGAUUGUCAUAGAAGAUUCCUCACCACUGAUCAUCCAUAUAGAAAAGAUAAAAAUAAGUUCAAAAAGAAUCGUGUAGAGACAAAAGGUCCUCCUCCAAGUAUGAAUGGUGAAGAAACCAUAAGGCAAAUUGAAGAACUUGGUUUGUUAAAAGUUACUGAACUUAAUGCUGACGUAGUAAAUAAAUCACGUGGCAAAUGUGGUUGGAAAAAGAGAAGCAUAUUCUGGGAUUUACCAUACUGGAAAACAAACCUCAUUAGACAUAAUUUUGAUGUUAUGCAUAUUGAGAAGAAUUUUUUUGAGAAUAUGUUUUACACUAUAAUGGAUGUUAAGAAGAAGACAAAGGAUAAUGCAAAUGCGAGAGAUGAUCUGAAACUCUAUUGUAAGAAGAGAAAAGGAGUAGAUCAAAAUCAAAGAGCAUAUUAUGCAUUAGAGAAGAGGCAAAAGAAAGUCGUAUGUGAAUGGGUAGAGAGUUUGAGUUUCCCCGAUGGUUACGUUUCAAAUUUGGGGAGGUGUGUAGAUUUGAGUGCAUGUAGACUGUUUGGAAUGAAAAGUCAUGAUUGUCAUGUUUUUAUGCAAAGAUUGUUGCCGAUUGCAUUCCGCGAGAUGUUGCCAAAAAAUGUGUGGGAAGCAGUUACCGAGAUAAGUCUUUUCUUCAAAAGCUUAACUUCAACAGUAAUUACAACAGAAGACAUGAAAAGGAUUGAAGCUGAGAUCCCGAUAAUUCUUUGUAAAUUAGAGACCAUCUUUGUCCCUGGUUUCUUUGACUCGAUGGAGCAUUUGCCAAUACAUUUGCCAUACGAAGCAAUGAUAGCCGGUCCCGUGCAAUAUCGCUGGAUGUAUCCAUUUGAGAGAUUUCUUCACCAAUUGAAAAAAGAUGUGAAAAAUAAAGCUAGAGUGGAAGGGUCGAUUUGCAAUGCAUACUUAGUUCGUGAAGCAUCAAACUUUUGUUCUCACUAUUUUGAGCCUAGCGUUCAUACACGUAACAGAAAGGUGCCUCGAAAUGAUGAUGGGGGAUUUGAAGAUGAUGAUGACAACGAAAAAUUAACUAUAUUUUCAUAUCCUGGCCGCCCAUAUGGGAAACUCAAAAGUAGAAGUCUGACUGAUGAGGAAUUCAAUGCAGCACAUUCUUACAUAUUGGUUAAUGAAGAGAAGAUGCAACCUUACCUUAGGAAGUAUGAAGAGUCAUUGAAAGACCUAAAUCCGGAUAUAAGUGAAGAUGAUCUUGCUGCUGAAGUGGAUGAAAACUUUGCUACAUGGUUUCAAAACUAUGCACGCCAAAAUGAAAUAAAGAACAAGUACAUACAUGAUCUUUCUAGAAGACCAUUGAGGACUGUGAAAUUAUAUAAUGUAUACUUUGUAAAUGGGUACAAGUUUCACACGGAAUCACACGGUGCAAACAAAUCAACAAUGAAUAGCGGAGUGUGUAUAAGUAGCCCAUUUGGUGAUUACUAUGGAAAGUUGUUGGAAAUAUUAGAAGUUGAAUACCCCGGUUUUCCAAUUAAAACAACAACAUUGUUUAAAUGUCAUUGGUAUGAUCCAACACCUAAUGUAGGAGUCAAGGUUCACAACCAAUAUAACUUGGUUGAUAUAAACCAACGAAGAAAGUUCAACAAGUUUGAGCCAUUUGUUUUAGCCAUGCAAGCUACUCAAGUCUGUUUCAUUCCUUACCCGAGCUUGAAACAAAACAAUUCUGAUUGGGUGGCCGUAUGUAAAGUUAAACCUCGUGGAUGGAGUGAGAUACGAAAAAAAGACGUUGCUUUUCAAGAAGAUGAAAUUGAAGCAAAUGAAAUCAUUAGCACUAUACCAGAAACAAUCGAGUAUGACAUCUUAAGCAACGAGUUAGAUAAUGAAAAUAAUGAUGAGGGUGAGUUUGAUGAUGAAACUGAGGGUGAGUUUGAUGAUGAAAGUGAGGGUGAGUAUGAUGAUGAAAGUGAGGGUGAGUUUGAGUAUAGUACAUCAACCAAUGAAGAAGAAGACAACGACGAAGAAGAUAAUCUUUUUGAUUGUGAUUAGCAUCUUAAGAUAUACCAAGACUGAAGCAAUUGAGCGGGAGGUCGCACAUGGGUUAUAAGGUUGCUUCAACUUUCUGUUUUUACAGCCCCACUUAAAGAAAUGUAUGCACAUUUCUCUCUCUUUACCUCUCAAGAAAUAUGUAUAUAUUUAUUACAUAUGUCUAUUGUGUAACAUUGAAAAUCUUCUCUGUUGUUUGCGAGGAUCCAAAUAUAUAACCCCUCUUGGUGAACAUUUUAUAAAUGGUCUUCAAAGUACCGGCUGGUAUAAUCCAAAUUGUAGGAAUUUAGCUUUGUUGCUUUGUUGAUAAAUUCAAGUCAAGAUUAGUAAAUGUCUGCCAGAAAGGGGACAAGAAGCAUCCACAUGUGAAGUUAAUUUAUAAAAGGCAACAUAUUUCGACAUUGGUCAAUGGUUUUACCAUCAUUUAACUUCAUUUAUAAAGGGAGGGGGGAGAAAAGAGAUGAUCAUAUGGUUUAUCUCCUAAGUCCUAAACCUCGUAAUGGCUGUUCAUAUCGAGUAAUAUAAGAAAGAAGAUAUUAUGGUGCUAAAAAUAGUUUAAUGUUUGUGUGUCUGUAGGGACUUGAUGUAAUGUUAGAAUUUGAAAAUGAUAAAGAUGGAAGAUGAUAUAUUUCUUGGUUUUUUAGAACUUUCAUCUACGAAAAUAUGCAUAUAAAGAUUAUAUUAUUAGUUAUUUAUUGAACAUUUUAGAAUAUUAUGUUUAUGGAUGAGACAAAUUAAAAAUCCAACUAACAACCAUAUUGUUUAAAUGAACCUUCACGCUCUGAUCA